UUUGUAAACAAUUCAAAUUGUCACUUCUUCAGUAGAGUGCGGCUCGAAUUUCCCGCGAAGAUGGUGACGGGAAUAAUUUGCCAUCAGUUCCGGCAGUUUGCAACGAAAUCUCCUAAGGCUGUGCUUACAUCAGCCGAUCUAUUGAAAUCAUUUAACUAUGAAAAUAAGGCACUUUUUGGAGCCGUUAAGAAGUCUAAGAAGAAAGCCGGGAAAGCGAAACUCUCCAGCAGCUGUAAUGAAUCCGAAGGAUCGUCGGAAAUGUACUGGUUGCUGGAGCACAAAUCUUCAGCGCCAGUAGAUACAGGAGAGCAAUUAAAGAAAAAACCUGGGAGGCCUAGGAAAAAAUCGAGCCUGCCUAUAACCUCUCUAGAGAAUAACUCGAACGAUUCGAAAUCGGAUAUUUCAUCAUCUUUUUCUGGAAACUCUAGUAGCAAUCCCCCGCAUAGGACCGAGGCGAAAGAAAUUCCUUUCAGUAAUAAAGGAAUAAAGUCGAUAUUGAAUUUUCCACUGAUUUCCACAGAAGUUCAGGACGCUCCCGAAACGAUUCGCGACUACGAUUCGCUCCUUCCAUCCGUUGGUAAAAUAUUGCAGGCGACACUUUCUGAUAGCGCUCGGAAGUCCUUAAUUGAAUGGAAGUUGGCGAAAAUUAGAGAACUGGGCGAGGAUGGAUUUAACCAACUGCAACAAAGGCAGUUGAACGAAGGCAAAAUGUUCCACAAAUCAUUGGAGAAUUACUUUGCGACGGGAAAGGAGCCACAACAGGAUUCAGAUGUAUAUAAAACUUGGGAGAGCGUCUCACCCGUGCUUAGAGAUUUAAGUCCAGCAAUUGAAUUCACCGAGAAAAUGGUAGAACAUCCGUUUUUGAAGUACCGAGGGGUUGUUGACUGCGUUUGCAAAGUGAAUUCAGAAAUGGCAGUAAUCGAGUGGAAGAAAUCAGAUAAACAAAAAACUACAAUAAAUGCAACAUUUGAUGCCCCAUUGCAGCUAUGUGCAUAUUUGGGUGCAUUGAGCGCGGACCCGCAAUAUAAACUUCAUGCUGCAGAAGGCUAUGUUAUCGUUGCCAAUACUAUGGGGCAGCCAGCACAAGUGCAUCGUUUAGAUGAAAUUACGCUUAGGAGAUAUUGGCAACUGUGGCUGCGGCGUUUACAGGAAUUCUGGAUACGAACACGUGAUGGAACAUUACCGGAACCUAUUUGAAAUGUUUAUAGAAUGGACCAAUAUUUGAUCUUCCAAAUGAAAUUAGUCGGUUAAAAAAACUUAUUCUGGAAGAACAUAUCAAAUGCACCCGCAGUCAUAAUAUUCUUCUUGGCUAACUUAAUCAAUAAGGCCUGCAUUGCAUCAACUCAUUAAAUCUAGCCCAAUAGCAAAACU